GCAUGCGGAGGAUGCGAGCACUGCAACAGCGACUUCGCUGGCACCUCCAGCAGCUCCGCCGCCGCCGGUUAUUAUUUUUUGGCCGAGCCGCACAUUUCCUGGUUCCGCGUCCUGAGCUCUGCGACCAGCUGACUGGGUGCCCGGGGCUGGCUCAGGAUCAGCUGGUGACGCGCGGGCUGGGGUCUGAGACUUCCUGCAGGACUGACGGCUGCGAGGUUCUCAGGGAGGCGGUGGGAGCCGCGGUCGGAUCCCUAGGAGGGGAGGGGAGGGGAGGGGAGAAGUCACACUCGCCCCUGCCUGGCGGCGCCCCAGCAGGAUCGGGGCAGCGGUGCUGUUUGCCGCGAGUGGGUGCUGAGAUGCCGAGCAGCUCGCUCCUGCCCGCUGCCGGCUCCAGGAAGGGUCCAGAUUUGCAGAAGGGUUUCUAGAAGAAGAUGCGUUGGCUGCCUGCGGUCCUGCUUGCAUUCCUGGAAGCCAGGCUCGGGACGAAAGUGAACUGGGGCAACUGACCAGCUCAGAGGGUCUGGCGGAAGCUCCCGAGAGUGGGCAUUUCGUCUUCCUUGGAGGAAGAUCUGCCUGCACUGCAAGUGCCCUCAGGAGGAGCACAUGGUGACGGUGAUGCCCCUGGAGAUGGAGAAGACCGUCAGCAAACUCAUGUUUGACUUCCAGAGGAACUCGACCUCGGACGACGACUCGGGCUGCGCCUUGGAGGAGUACGCCUGGGUCCCGCCUGGGCUGAAGCCUGAACAGGUUCACCAGUACUACAGCUGUCUCCCAGAAGAGAAGGUUCCUUAUGUCAACAGUCCCGGGGAGAAGCUGCGAAUCAAGCAGCUAUUACACCAGCUGCCGCCGCAUGACAAUGAGGUCCGAUACUGCAACUCCCUGGAUGAGGAGGAGAAGCGGGAGCUGAAGCUCUUCAGCAGCCAGAGGAAGCGUGAGAACUUGGGCCGAGGGAAUGUCAGGCCCUUCCCAGUCACCAUGACGGGAGCCAUUUGCGAACAGUGCGGAGGCCAGAUUAACGGCGGGGACAUCGCCGUGUUCGCGUCGCGCGCCGGCCACGGGGUUUGCUGGCAUCCGCCCUGCUUCAUAUGCACCGUCUGCAACGAGCUCCUGGUGGACUUGAUCUACUUCUACCAGGAUGGCAAGAUCUACUGCGGCCGGCACCACGCCGAGUGCCUGAAGCCGCGCUGUGCCGCCUGUGACGAGAUCAUCUUCGCCGACGAAUGCACCGAAGCCGAGGGGCGGCACUGGCACAUGAAACACUUUUGCUGCUUCGAGUGCGAGACGGUGCUGGGCGGCCAGCGCUACAUCAUGAAGGAGGGAAGGCCCUACUGUUGCCACUGCUUCGAGUCCUUGUAUGCGGAAUACUGCGACACCUGUGCCCAACACAUAGGGAUCGACCAGGGCCAGAUGACCUACGACGGCCAGCACUGGCACGCCACCGAGACCUGCUUCUGCUGCGCUCACUGCAAGAAGUCCCUCCUCGGGCGGCCCUUCCUCCCCAAGCAGGGCCAGAUAUUCUGCUCCCGGGCCUGCAGCGCCGGGGAGGACCCCAAUGGCUCGGACUCGUCCGAUUCAGCCUUCCAGAAUGCCAGGGCCAAGGAAUCCCGGCGCAGCGCCAAAAUCGGCAAGAACAAGGGCAAGACGGAGGAGCCCGUGCUGAGCCCGCACGGCCAGCUGCAGGUGAGCUCCAACCGGCUGUCCGCCGACGUGGACCCCCUGUCGCUGCAGAUGGACCUGCUCAGCCUGGCCAGCCAGACGCCCAGCCUCAACCGGGACCCCAUCUGGAGGAGCCGGGACGAGCCCUUCCAUUACGGGAACAAGCUGGAGCAGGGCCAGCCACAGAGCCCCCUGCAGCUGCUCAGCCAGUGCAACAUCAGAACUUCCUACAGCCCCGGGGCGCAGGGGGCGGGCGCCGCGCCCGACAUGUGGGCCCCGCACUUCAGCAACCCCAAGAGGAGCUCGUCCCUGGCCCUGAAGGGGCACGGCGGCAGCUUCAUCCAGGAGUGCCGAGAGGACUACUACCCGGGAAGGCUGCGGUCCCAGGAGAGCUACAGCGACAUGUCCAGCCAGAGCUUUGGCGAGGCCCGAGGCAGCAUCCAGGUCCCCAAAUAUGAGGAGGAGGAGGAGGAGGAAGGGGGCAUGUCCUCUCAGCAGUGCCGGACCCGCCGUCCACUCAGUUCCCUGAAAUACACCGAGGACAUGACGCCCACGGAGCAGACCCCUCGGGGCUCCAUGGAGUCGCUGGCCCUGUCUAACACCACAGGCCUCUCCGCGGACGGCGGCGCCAAGCGCCAGGAGCACCUGUCGCGGUUCUCCAUGCCCGACCUCAGCAAGGACUCGGGCAUGAACGUGUCGGAGAAGCUGAGCACCAUGGGCACGCUCAACUCGUCCGUGCAGUUCCGCAGCGCCGAGUCGGUGCGCAGCCUGCUGUCGGCGCAGCAGUACCAGGACAUGGAGGGCGGCCUGCACCAGCUCGGCGCCCCGCUCGGCUACCGGGACCGGCCCGCCCGGGGCCGGAUGCAUCAGAGCUUCGACUUCGAGCCCGGCGUGGCGGGCAGCCAGCUGCCGGGGCCGGACGGCGCGCGGAUCCAGCCCAUGAGCGAGCGCACGCGGAGGCGGAGCGCGUCCCGCGACGACCCGCGCCACUUCCGCCCGCACCGGUCGCGGCGGUCGCGCCGCUCGCGCUCCGACAACGCCCUGCACCUGGCCAGCGAGCGCGAGGCCGUGUCCCGCCUGAAGGAGCGGCCGCCGCUCCGGGCCCGCGAGGACUACGACCAGUUCCUGCGCCAGCGCAGCUUCCAGGAGAGCCUGGGCCCGGGCUCCCGCCGGGACCUGUACGGCCAGUGCCCCCGGACGGUGUCGGACCUGGCCUUGCAGAACGCCUUUGGGGAGCGCUGGGGACCCUACUUCGCCGAGUACGACUGGUGCUCCACCUGCUCCUCCUCCUCCGAGUCUGACAAUGAGGGCUACUUCCUGGGGGAGCCCAUCCCCCAGCCCGCCCGCCUGCGCUACGUCACGAGCGACGAGCUUCUGCACAAGUACAGCUCCUACGGCCUCCCCAAGUCGUCCACGCUGGGCGGCCGGGGGCAGCUGCACAGCAGGAAAAGACAGAAGAGCAAGAACUGUAUCAUUUCUUAACCCGGUCGGGGUCAGGGGGUCGGGGAAGAUGGGAGCUGAGAAUGUAAAUUCAAAAACUUGCACUGUUUUUUCUUUGAAAGCGCUUUUGGGGGUGGUUCCUGGGGGAGGAGAUGGGGCGUGCUCUGGUGGAGGAAGGCGAGGUUACAGGUUGGCUCGGCUGGUAGCCCCAGUUCUCGGCAUGUUGACUAUGAUUUGCACAUUUCACUUUGGAAACGCUCUAGAUGGCGUGGCGGCCGGGGUUGGGCACCUCGGCGUGUGCAGUUGCCACUCAUCAGAUGGCAAAUUGCUUCCUUGCCCGCUUGUAUCCUCUCUGGUUCUCUUCCUUUUAGGACCCCUUUUCCAGUAAGUAAUUUGUUUAUUAGCCAGGACCCAAGACUAAGUUAUUUACAUGUCCAUUGUAAAUGCAAUGUAAAUGAGAGUUCUGAUAAAAUAUUUUUGUAUUUUGUAAUAUCAAAGGAAUUUCUAUAUGGUAGGACUCGGCGCAACCCGCAUGCCAUCCGCAUCGUCUUUGUGUAGUAUUCCGAGUGGCCAGGACCACCCCCUUUUUCUUUUUUCUAUACAAAUUUGUUACAUGUCAGUGAGACUUUUUUCAAAGGCGUUUAUUCAAUUUGGCUUUUUGUGGCGAAAAAAUAACAAUGAUUCUAUCCAAAGCCUUUUACGCUCUAGUCCAUCUUCAGGAGCCGUCCUUAAGUCCACUCCCACCCUCAGUAGGAUGUAUUCUCUACGAAGUGGUAGUCGUUUAUUUAAUAGCGAACAUAACCUUUGCCCAUCAGAGAAACCAAUCCGUGUCAGUCAAGUUCCGCGAGAAGCGCCGUCCCUGCCGGGAAGCUUGAAGCUGCUCACGAUUGAUCUCUUUCUUGGGGAAAACACAGUGACUGUGAGUGGUGCCGUUGUGUGACGUCAGCAUGAUGUUGUUUUGAAUGUGGCGUUAUUUUCCGGUGCUCAUGUUUCCUGGACUGUAUUACCCGCUUUCCUUUGCCAAGGCAGAUGGAACAGCUGCCUUAGCCUGACAACCGGUUGUCCUCAGUGCAAAUGAACUUGGGCCUUAGAACAUAGGGGCAGACGGGUUCCGACGGGGCUCUGGGAGAGGCGGUGGGUCCUAGGUUGUACGUCAUGCGUGGAGAAGGAAUGAGGUGAUUUGAAAACAGAAAGCGGGGCAAGGGUGGUAGAGCUGACGGAGAAUAGGAAGGAAGCCCAAGGCGAAGAAGAACUUCUGGAAAUGAAGUAGAGGAGCGGUGACGACCAGCUUGAUGAGCCCCCAGUGCUUGAGGAAGUCAUUCCGUUUAACGCCCUCCCUAUCCAGAGUCUCUGGGUCACCCAGGAAGGUUGAGCUGCUCAGGAGGCAUCAGUGUAAAGGCCUUGAAAAGCAGAUGUUGUUGAAAGGAGGAUCUCCAUUGUGAACUUAGGGGACCCUUGGUCAGACUGAAAAUGGGCUCAGAAGUGAAUUUGCUUCAAGAAGACAUUUCACGGUUGUAUUGUUUAUAGUACAAUAAAACUCCCUACCUUGCUUCAGUUAAACAUGAAGCGCUUGCUUUCCCCCCCAUUCUCCUCCUCCCCUUAAUGGAUUGUGGCGGUUGAACUAACCCGUCGCAGGACCCACUUUAGUGAGACGUUCUGUCCAUGUGCUACACGGUAUAUCUCAGUGGCUCUCUGCCAUGGUGAGGUGAGGUGGUCUCUUUUCAAUACAGUAGUUAAUAUUUUCUAGUAUUUUUCAUGGAGAGGAUGUGAAACACGGCUUUCAGACCCCAUGCCACAUGGGCCUGGGGAGAGGAAGGCUGUACGGGAUGUCGAAAUGGCGCUCCAUUCAGGAUGUAUUAAAAUAAUUUGCUUUUCAGGUAUUAAUAUGACAUUCGUCAUUGUCACUGAUUUUUUUAAAAAGCAAUACAAGUGUUGGUUGUGGCUGUUUUCCGCAUGCUAUCUUCAUAUCUAAAUGCUUCCUUCAGUAUCCGAGCCUCGGAGAAUUACUCUAUUACGUUUGUAUAGUAAGUCUGUAAACUGCUUGGCAAACUGAUUUUAAGAAAUAAUGUGCAACAUCACAUGACUAAAGUGGCAGGUUUCUGGUAGAAAUUGGGCAAGUCCAAUUGGGAUUUUCGAGUUCCUUGGUUGAUGAGAAUAAAAAGGCGUUUUGGGAAAAGGGGAAAAAGGAGAUGACUUAACCUAGCAGAAAGCUGGACACAAAGUCUGUCCUCUGUGGCCCGGGACCCAGGGAAGGAAAUUCUCCUGGAAAACGUUGCCUUCUACCUCCAUCCUCCUCAGAGCACCUCUUGCAUUUCCCAGAUGAGGCUUAACCCCUUCAGCAGAAAGAAGGUGGCCUAGGAACUGACACAUAACUAGUGACCAGAGGAAUUGAAGGAAUGAGCUAUUUGCCAUCUAGUUGCCCAGAGAGCACCCGGCAGCAGAACUGCUCAGAGCUUGAUGUGUAAUAGAUAGAAGCCUCAGGGUCAGACUGUCGGCAGGCGAGGUCCCCUCCAUCGGUUCCAGCUGGCAGAGGUCUUCCCACGCACAUGCAGCGGGCGCCUUACAGCGAAUGCCGAGGAGGAUGGCUACAUCCCCGCCAUGAUGGUGAAGGCCCAGAGAGAGCAGGGUGUCGUCGUCCUGGGAGUUCCACCUGUUGGUGACAACUUACAUGCAACAUCCCAGAAUCCCACUCCCCAAAAUUCAGUGCAUUCUUUUCUGAGGCAAGAGCUUAGGGUUCUUAGCUGAUUCCUCCAUCAUAACUCCUAUCUCUUCUUGGUCAAGUUUCCCUGUGAGUGAGGCCUACGCUCACCUCUUUAGAUCAUUUCAUCUUGAAUAGACUGUUUCUAUCAAAGUAAUCUUUUCCCAGUUUCCCCUCUGCUCUCAUGCCUUAGGGUUUUGUUUGUUUGUUUUCCUACCUCUCCCCAUAUUAGUCCUCUUCUUGUCUUUACGUUAACAUGGCAGCAUUAGGGUACAGUUCAUGUCCUGCUUGCUGGUCAAUUCGGCAGCAUCACAACUGGCUCCCUCCCAAGUGGAAGUCACUGACAGUGUCCUGGAUGGCCCUGCCAAUGCACCACCCGUGAUACUGUGGACAGGCUUCUUAGCAGGCUGGUGGCGUUGAGCGUGGCAUUCAGGUACCCCUCCUUCUGGCAUAUAGUUCUGGGAUCUCCACCAAGGGUGAAGGUGGUGAGCUGAGGGAAACCAGAACUGUGCUUCUUGGUUUGGCACAUGUUCACAAAUGGAGAAUCCCCAGUGCUGUCAGUUCCACAGCUUCUCUCCAUAUUCAUCUUGUGUUCUCUAGUCCUCCCUUUCCACCGCAGCCAGCUCAGUGGCCGAGCAGUUUUGUACAUCGACUGCGGGACCUGAGGCUGCUCUUUCUCAUCCUCCUUUUGUUAGGAAGCUCUUGCCCUGCAUCAAGAUUCCUCUUCCUUCUCCUGCAGCAGCUUCCUGCUUCUGGGGUCCCACUAGCCAUGGUGGAGUUCAGGUGGGGCAGUGAUGGCAUAUACAUAGCAUAUACUCUGCCACCUGGGCAGCUAUAACCAAUGCGCACUGUGUACUUUCUAGAGAACAUGGAUACAGCCUCAAAAAUCCAUGACACUCCAGACAGCCAGAACCAGUUGGUCAGAAUUGAUCUUAUUUGUCUGAUAACAAAACUUAUUUAUGAACUGACUCCUGUCUUUCUACUCUGGGCUUCUUUAUCAUUAGGCAAAAACAGCCACUUAGGAGACAUCAUUCAUAAAUAAUUGUGAGAGUCCAAUUCCCAUGCCCUCAGAUUGUGGAUGCUAACAGGAGCUGACUUCUUUAGGCGAAAUGAAGACAAAUCUCUCUGGCUUUCUUUUCCCUUCUCGUGUUCUUGGACAAGCAUCAUAGUCAGCCCCCGUUGGUCCUCCUGCAGAGGUCAGAUAAGAGUUCAUCCUUGCCUUCAUCUAACCCACCUUCUAACGAGAGAUAACACAAAUAUUUAACUUCCAAGGAGAAGUGCUCUUUGUGUGUUUCUAACAGAAACCAGAUGCUAACACCUAAGAAGGAGAAUCUAUAAAAAGGGAAGUAGGAGAUGGCACCAGCUAUCUGAAUAUUUCAGGCCAGAAGAGUUGCUGUUAGCAACUGUUUAGCACCUUCAGGGCUUUGACGUGGGCCCUGGACAGCAGGUCUUCCCACCCACAUGCAGCCGGGCGCCUUACAGAAGCGGAGCAUUCCAGGUGUAGCUCAGCCAGGCCGCGUCUGCCAAUUUGGAAGGCAGUCCCAUGCCCCCUUUGGAGGUAUAUAUACCUCGCUAAGCACUAGAGAAGUGGAAAUGAAGGGAGUUUUGCCUUGUCCCCAGUGGUUGGUCCCUCUGGGACCUGGCAGAUAGGAACACUUGAUUGUCCGACCACUUGGAAGCAGUCACCAUGGUCAGGAUCAAGAAAGGAUUUGAUUCUUUUUCCAUUUUCUCAUAAGAGUAGCCCAGUCAACACAAGACUCAUAAAACAUGACUCACUGUUGGGAGCUAUACUGUUUUAUAGGCUGACUUCCUGCUGACAAAACUAGCUUUCCUCAAAGGGAAUACAAAGGAGGGAGAAGCUCCCAUAGUGUCGGGAAAACAUUUCUGUGAUUCUGAUAUGAUGAACCCAUAAGAAAGGAAAAAAAAAUUGCCUAUCCUGAGAGUUUUCUGAGACAUCCCUUCACCCUACUGGGUAUUUGGCCAUUGAUGUUCAAAAGUCACUGACCAAGCUUUAAUAAAUUUUUCGGACAGAGUUACUCACCAGUAAGGUCUGUUUCUGAUGAUUUCCAUAUUUUCCCAUAAAACAUUUUGGUUCUAUUUCUGGGCCCUGACUUCACACUCUGUGGCCUACAAGUCCUCCAUUUUCCUUAGCAAAUUAGGACUUGGGCAUCUUCCCUCUCCUAAAACAUUCUUUCCCGCACAGGAUCGCUUUGCCCAUCUCCUGCUUUAAUUCCAAGUAUAGACGAAGCCCCGGGGGCCUGAGGAGGCGAGGCAGGCCCGUGUGCUGUGCGUGAGCGUCGCGCUGUUGUUAGGAAGGCCUUUGGUGCAGGCUCUGCCAGAGACUGUGGUGAACACUUUGCUUGAGAUCCUGUACAAUGGAUAUGCUGUUUUACUGAUGUCUGUAAUACAUUUGUAAACUUCCAAUAAAAUUUGAAUAAAA